AUGUCCGUCUGCACGUGCCCGUUUGGCCGCAUUGCGGCCGCAGGGGCGUCGUUCAUCGGCGCCGGGCUGGCGGGGCUUGCCACCACGUGGCAUUUGGUGGACGUCGCGUCGAAACGCGGCCUCAACGCCGUCACAGUCGACCUCUACGACGCCAAGGGCAUCGGCGCGGGCGCAAGCGGCGCCGCAGCGGGCCUGCUGCACGCGUACGGCCCAAGAGGCAAAGUGCUCUGGCGCGGACCGGAGGCGUUCGACGCGGCACGGACGCUGCUGCGCGCCGCCGGUGCGCACGGAGAGGACCCUGUGCGUGCGCGCCACGGGCUCGUGCGUCCGGCGUCGGGGCGGCGGAAUGCGGAGCAGCUGUGGCGGAACUUGGGCGUGCCGGUGGACGGCGGCGACGGGGUGGGCGAGGCGCGGGCGGCGCGGUGCGUGUCGCUCGAGCAGCUGGCGGCGCUGAUGCCGAGCGGGGGCGCGACGGUCGGUGCCGCGCUGCGGCUCCCGGCGCCCACGUGCGCGGAGGAGGUGGGGGGUCUUUUGGUGCCAGACGGACUGGUGGUGUCGCCGCAGGUGUACAUGGCGGGGCUGUGGGAGGCGUGCGUGGCGCUCGCGGGCGGUGCGGGCGCGGCGGUGCGGCUCGUUGAGGCAGAGGUGGGGUCUGUUGCUGAGAUGGGGGGGGAGUAUGACGCGGUGGUGGUGGCGGCUGGGGCGGCGAUGGGCUCCGUGGCGGAGGCGAGGGGGGCCUUCCCGCUGCGGUUCUGCCAGGGGUUCUCGAUCGAGCUGGCCGGCGCGGGGCGCGCUGGCGCAGGCCGCGAGUACCCGGGGGGCUCUCCGAGCGUUCUAGGGUCAUACUACGUCGCCGAGCACGACCGCGACCGCGUGGUCGUCGGGGCGACGAAGGACAACGACGCGACCGCGGCCGACGCGGGGCCGGAGGCGGCGGCGGUGGGGGUGUUGCGCGGCAAGGCCGAGGGCAUCUGGUCGGACCUGGCGGACUGGGACGUCGCGCUGCUGCGAUCGGGCGUCCGCGCGCUGUCGCCCAAGACGCACCUGGGAACGCUGCCCAUGGCGGGGCGCGUGGGGCAGGUUGCGGGCGGGACCGAGGUGUGGGCGGUGACGGGGCUCGGGGCGCGGGGGUUCCUGUACCAUGCGAUCCUGGGGAAGUGGCUGGCGCAGGCGGUGCUGGAUCGCGACCCCGGGGCGUUGCCUGAGGAGCUGCGAGUGUGGCAGGGCAGGGGCGCGACGCACGAGGGGGCGCUGGCGAAGCGGUGA